AUGAGUUCAAAAGAAGACAAGACUCUUCAAGCUAUUAAGUUUGACAGAGAGCACGUGAAAUUAGACAUCCUCGACCAACUAGUCAUCCCUUACUCGACAACUUAUAUUCCAAUAAAUACAAUCGAAGAUGCAUUUCAAGCGAUCAAGUUAAUGCAAGUCAGAGGAGCUCCAGCCAUUGCUAUUGUAGGUGCAUUUGCCGUUGUAGUUGAUACUCAUACGUAUUUACAAUCCGGUGAAUCAUCUAAAACUAUCAAAGACUUGAAAGAUAGUUUGGAUUAUUUAAUUACUUCCCGUCCUACAGCUGUCAAUCUUGCCAACGCCUUGAACGAUAUGAAGGUUUUGAUUUCCUUGGCCGCCGAAGAUUCCAAACCAGUAGAUAAAACUACAUUAAAGCUCUUGUACGAUUAUGCCGUCGCAUUAUAUGACGACGAUUUGGCAAACAAUUUCAAGCUCGGUGAGAAUGGUUUACAAUAUAUAAUCUCCAGUUUGAAAGAAGAAAAUUUUGAAGGUCCAUUUUCUAUUAUCACCGUAUGUAACACUGGAUCCUUGGCCACUUCAGGUCAUGGUACAGCUUUGGGUAUAAUUCGUUCUACUUAUCAGAACUUGAAUGAAGAAAACACAAAAGAAGACUUCUGGUUGGAUCAUGUAUACCCUUGUGAAACUAGACCAUAUAAUCAAGGAGCGAGAUUGACUACUUAUGAAUUAGACUAUGAACAAAUCCCAUUCACAUUAAUCUGUGACAAUAUGGUUUCUUCCUUAAUUAAUACCUUGAACCGCGAGAAGGCAGUCAAAGACCUGAGUGCGCCAGUUAAGUUUAUAAUCGUAGGUGCUGAUAGAAUUGUCAAGAAUGGUGAUACUGCAAAUAAAAUCGGUACUUUCCAACUUGCAACUAUUGCCAAUUAUUUCAACAACAAGAAUGAAAAUCAAAAGAUUAGAUUCAUAAUUGCAGCACCAAAAACCACUAUUGAUUUAAAUACACCAACCGGUGAAGGUAUUGUAAUUGAAGAAAGACCUGCAAAUGAAUUGACUACCCUCGUUGGUCCACAAUUAGCACAAGAUGGUGUUGGCGAAAAAGUGACAGUUGGGAUUGCUACUCCCGGUAUCAACGUUUGGAAUCCAGCUUUCGAUGUUACUCCACAUGAAUUAAUCGACAGUAUAGUGACUGAAGAUCCUCAUGUAUUUACAAAAGACGCAUCAGGAGAGUAUCAAUUAAGUAAAUAG